AAAAUAGUCUUUGGGAAUUUAAAAUUUACACAAAAGGUCAAAGUUUGUUGGUGAGGAAGAUCAAGGGGAAUAUAUUUUUAUGGAACACACUGUGAAAACUGGGAAAAAAUUUCAGAUAGGUGCAAUUUUGACCGGAAUAAUUUUCAUCCUUCUCUACAUUACUGUAAAAAUUCCCGACUUCCAUCACCAAAUAUUUAAAGGUAGACAAUUACCUCAGCCGUCUCCAAAGUACCAAGCAAGUCUUAACUCUAACAAAAGUGAUGUUGCAAGUGGAACCGGAAGUAACAGUAAAAUUCUCAGGUCUAACAAGAGCGAUGAUUUGCGCAGAACCGGAAGUAAUGGUGGAUUUCUCUGUGGUUCUGUUAAGGGAAAUUUAGGAAACCGGCUAUUUGUGUUCGCAUCAAUAUAUGGCAUUGCCAAAAUGAAGAACAUAACUUAUUUCAUCCCAAAGCAUGACAGCCUGUAUAGUGUAUUCAACCUGUUCAAUGAUUCUAGUUUAAUCAUUUCAAAGGAUUCCCGAAAGUGCAAAGGGACAUUUUUCCGCAAAGAAAGAAUAUGCUGUGGUUAUGAUCCUAAGUUACUAAACUUUGAGGCUAAUGCAGGAUAUACAUUAAUUACUUAUUUACAGUCCUGGAAGUAUUUUGAAGGAGCAAAGAAGAACUUGAGGAAGCAAUUGAUUUUUAAAACAGACAUCCAACUCUGGGUAAAUCACACAUUAGAAAAAAUAUCCAAAGAGCAGAAUUACUCAGAAUAUGAUGACGUCACAUUUAUCGGUGUUCACGUGAGGCGUGGGGAUAUGAUGACCAGUGUGUCUGCGUAUGGCUAUCAAGUCGCCACACCGGAAUAUUUACACAGAGCUAUAAACAGAUUUAUACACUUACCAAAUGUAAUUUAUAUCGUUUGCUCACUAGAAAUCCAGUGGGUCAAAAAACAAUUUCAAAACAUCACAAACGUUUAUUAUAGUGACCCAAGACAUGGAGCUCAUAAAGACUUGGCGCUAUUGGCUGCUUGUGAUCACGUGAUAACGACUGUGGGGACCUUUGGUUGGUGGGGUGCGUGGCUCUCGGGCGGUAAUGUGACCUACUUUAAGUGGCCUGCAAAACCAGGAUCUGGCCUAAGAAAACAGUUCAGCAAGGAUUACACGGAUUUCUUCCCCCCAGAAUGGACUGGCAUUUGAAUGUAUAUAGAGGCGUGGACUGGCAUUUGAUUGUUAUAGAAGAUCCAUGACAUUUCAUUUGAAAAUUCUUGUCGUCAUUAUCCGAAUAGAUAUUAUUUUAAAAUGAGUGUUGUUUCAAAAAU